CCCCUCCCUCACUCCUCUCUAGGGAGGAAAGUUUGUAAAUGUUAUAUCGGAAAUUCUCUUGCACUGGAAAUUUCGAUGUCCAUUAAGUGCUAUAACGGAGGAAAACGCUCUCAAAAAAUCAGCAACUCCUCCAUAAGAUGACACAUACAAAUGUUCAUGAAGCAGAGAAGAUAAUGGCUUCCCAGUGGACUCGUUCAAACAGUGCAGAAAAGAAGGUGCCCCAUACUCGGAUUGAGGAUGAAUUCAGCAUACAGAAAGUCUAUUCCUUUGGGGAGAAAUUAGGUCAAGGCAACUUUGGCUUUGUCUGCGAAGUCACUCACAUUGAGACGCGGAGGAAGUGGGCAAUUAAGAAGGUGAACAAAGAGAAGGCAGGCACCUCUGGUGUGAAACAUCUGGAAAGGGAAGUUAGCAUAUUGAAACAAGUGAAACAUGAACAUAUAAUACAUCUGCAGGAAGUCUUUGAGACACCAAAGAGGAUGUAUCUUGUGACUGAGCUUUGUGAAGGAGGCGAUCUAAAGCAUCUCCUGCAGAAGCGAAGGAGCUUCAGUGAGGAGGAGACUAGACACAUCAUCAAAAGCUUAUCGGAAGCUAUUGUUUAUCUGCACAAAAAAGACAUUGUUCAUCGUGACCUCAAACUGGAAAACAUUCUUGUGAAGAGUUGUCACCAAGGCAACGAUAAUGAAAUGGUCAAUAUCAAGGUCACAGAUUUCGGACUUUCCGUGCAGAAGGGAGGCGUGGGCAGUGAGAACAUGCUGCAGGACACCUGCGGGACGCCCAUUUACAUGGCACCUGAGGUGAAAAAUGGUCAUCAGUAUAGCCAACAGUGUGAUGUCUGGAGCAUCGGCGUCAUCAUGUACAUGCUGCUGUGUGGAGAGCCUCCUUUUCUAGCCAACUCUGAGGAGAAACUAUUCGAGGUGAUAAUGAAGGGAGAGCUCACUUUCUCCGGCCCUGUGUGGCACACUGUUACUGAAGCAGCUAAAAAUGUACUGCGAUGUCUGUUGAAAGCUGACCCGGCGCAUCGCAUGACAGCCAGGGAGUUGCUAGAUAACCCUUGGAUUUCGGGGGAUACGUCCACCACCACCACGCGUACAAACGUAUUAGAAUUGAUGCAGCAGUUCCGGAGUGCACCAGAGGAUGAAGAGAGUGUAGAGAUGAGUGAGGGACUAUGCAACCUGUCUCUCGUUUCCAAUCAGGAUGGAGAAUCAGGGUCUGGAACAUCUCAAGAACAAUCAGGAACCCCAGUACCUCCUGUGGAGGACUUCACUGACAGCAACAAGCCUUCCAGUCUGAACAAGAUGCCUCUGAAGAAGAAAGUGUCAGCCUCAUCAUCUAAUGAUGUUAAGAAAAGAGCAAAGGCCUGCAGUUCUGUCAAUUCAUCCUCUACACAGUCCCACACAGGUAACAAACCCCCUGCUCAGCCAAGCACAAAGAGCUACAGCAAGGCCUCCAUCUCGGGAUCCUGCGUCAAAUCACCAGCAGAUGCAGCCGCUGUAGCAUCCAACUCAAGCAGGCACGAAAGGCUGUCCCCACGCCCCUCCACCUCUUCCAUCCGCCGUUCCACCAAUCCAGGCUUUGGCUUCCGGGCUAAAAAACACAGCUAGACCUCAGCAGGGAGACUGGUUGAGUGACCAUAUUGAGUGCCAAAGGUGAGGAAUGCUGUUCCAGGGAUCCACUGGUCUGCUUUGGGCCUGUCGGAGUGACUUUUAAACCAGAACCAUUUGACAAAAAAUGUAAAGAUAAAUUCAGAACUCUACUUGCUUUACUUUUAUAAAACAGUGAAUUAUUUUUUUGACAGAAUGGUGAGAUUGAGAGUAAUUUAGACUCCCUUGCUGUAAUAGCAGUAUUUUCCACUAAAUUAUUUCUAGACACUUACAGGAAAGGAGCCUUUAAAGGAACCGUUCACCCAAAAUGGAAAAUUAAUUUACUCACCCUGAACAUUUCUUUGUUCCAAUGAACACAGAUAUUUGGAAGAAGGUGUUCAACCAAAGAAUUCUUGGCCACCAUUGACUAGCAUAAUAGGAAACAUUUCUUUAUGAAUUUAUUUGUUCUGUUGAACACAAAAGAAGAUAUUUUGAAGAAUGUAGGAAAUCAAACAGUUCUGAGGCACUUUUGACUACCAUUGUCAUUUUUCCUACUAUCGUAGUCAGUGGGGUCAAAGAACUGUUUGGUUGCACACAUUCUUCCAAAUAUCUUUCUCUGUGUUCAGCAGAAUGAAGACUCAAGGGUAAGUAAAUGAUGACCGAUUUUUAUUUUUAGGCGAACUGUCCCUUUAACUCCAUACACAUUUGUGAUAUUCAUUUAAGCAUAUAGACAACCUUACAUUUUAAAUAAAAAAGAAUGCUCAUAGGGGUUUGAAAUGGAGACAGAAUGUUAAUUUUGGGUUGAAGUACUCCUUUAGUCCUUUGUAUAAAUUGGACACAGGCCUCCUCUUUUUGAGGAUAAGGUAUUAGUUUUUGUCUGCCCUCAGGCUCACAUAGAUCUUAGUUGAAAAGAUGAGGUGAAAGAAAACCAACAUGCUGCUUUAGUUUUACGAAAGUGGAACAGAUGAACUUAUUACUGUAAGAGCCCUGCAUGGCAUAAUAUCAGUGACAUGUAAGAAAAGGCUCACAAGUAAUCUAUUGAAAUCUAUUGAAACGUUUCUUUGUGAAGAAUGUAUUGGUCAUAACAGGGUUUAAUAGCUUUUUGCAACGGAGUCAUUCAUUUUGAUCCCCAAACAGAACAUAGUAUUCACCACUUAAAUUACAAGCCACUGCUAUACUGACCUCAGAUUUCCCACUGAAUCUGUCUGUUCAUUUAAAGAAUGUUGAUCUGUUCUCCUGUUUAAAAUGUAUUAAUCAUGCCAGUCAUCUUUUGCCAAAUAUGAAAGGUUGCUGUUGUUUAUUGAUAAUUUGUUGUCGCAU